AUGUCAAGUAAUAAGGUUUCAUUCAACCAGCUAUAUUUGCGAUAUCUGAACAAAUACCCGCUGCUCACAAAGAGUGUUACCGCGGGAGUCCUAGCUGGACUGAAUGAGUCGAUCGUAACAGCAAUAGCAAACGACUACCAGGAAAUGCAAAUUGAUGGCCUCAAGGACGAAUCAGGGGAACCACUGAAGAUAAAACACCCUUUCAACAAACGGGUGCCUCUGAUGGCUUUUUUCGGGUUCACCGUGAGUGCUCCCAUUUCACAUUAUGGGUACAUGUACCUUAACAAACUAUUUAAACAGCCCCUUACUCCCACGAAAAGGGUGCUCCAGAUAUUACUCUCCCUGAGUACAAUAACCCCGAUACUGUGUACAUGCAUGGUCAGCUAUAUUUCCAUCCUGGGUGCAAAACCAGGAAUAUCUUUUCAGAGCUUUGUGCAGCAAUAUUAUGCUGGUGGACUCAACGGAAUCAAGGAAGAACUUGACAGACUGUUCACUAUAGUGAAAGUAGCCUUGAAGACGUCGCUGUUUAGAGUUUUGAAAGCUUCUUGGGCUACCAGCAGUAUAGCUCUGGCUAUCGCCCAGACUUAUCUUUCGCCAAAUCAUUGGGUAGUGUUUUUCAACGUGGUGUACUUUGUACUGGGUACUUAUCAAAACAGUAUGGUCAAGAAGAGGAACAAGGCUGUAGAUCCUCUCUAA